AUUUUUUGACAACCUUCGUUUAGAAAUGCAACUCUUAAGCUGCUAUUAACAACAUUUAAUAGCUUGGAACUUGCGCAGAUGCGAAAAAUUCAACAAUCCGUCCGCGAAACGCGCAAGAGCUGCACAGAUUUCGCCUAAAAACUUAGCAUUUUCUCGAACUUGUGACGCCAAGGACUUGCCGAAAUUUUCGCAUCUGCGUAUUUAAGUUCCGCACCAAAUGUUCUUUUUAAACAGUUGGUCCUUUAAAACAAAGUUCGUAAAAAAAUAAUCUGGGUUGAACAUGGUUUGCGUCCCAACUAUGGUUAUUCCGAGUGGAUAAGAACGGACCCCUAUAAAUAGGGCGGAUUCUCCAAUUUACAUAUACAUACAUAGUUCUCACUCUGCUGCAAAUUUCGUUGCAAAAACAAUUUCGAAAACACCACAUCAAGAUUAAAAUGUUUUUCGUCCCACUUUCAAGGAUGGGCUUAACUCCCAUCUUGAUUCUAAUUUUGGGCGUCAUCUGCUCUCAAAAUUUGGCGUCUGCGCAAGAGUCCACCAGGCCUUUUCCGCGGGCCUGGGAUUCCUGCUCCUCCAGUAAUUCCGCGUGUCCCCAAAAUUUCUACUGUUCCGAUGACCGGUGCGAGUGUCGGGAUGCAAUUUACAAGAGAAAGGAUCACGAUCUCCGGUCCUGCCAGACCAUAGUUUCCGGAAGCUGCGAGUAUGACGAGGAAUGCGUGAAAAAUUCGUUUUGUAACACAAUCACGCGGACGUGCACGUGUCGCCCGGGCUCUCUACCCACGCCGAUGGGAGAGUGUCGCUUCGAUGUCGGGGUCCCUUGCAACUUUGAGAGCAUCGAGCGGGAAUGCAACCUUUACGAAGGGCUGUACUGCAUCGAGGGACGUUGCGCGUGCGCCGAUAGCUCCUUAGUUUACGAGCUUGGGGCGGGCUGUCGCGCACAGGUGGGCGCCUUGUGCGGGAAAAUUCUCCUCUCGUGGGAGGGAUUCAGCCAAUAUAACAAUGGCGUGGAUCGAUUCAUCAGGGAACGCCCGGUCAAAUGUGGGCGUGGUCUGAGGUGUCCACUGGACGAGGGAGACUUUUCAGAAAAAGGAAUUUGCGUUGAGAAUACGCCUUAAAUUUUGAAAUCUAAAUUUUUCCCAGCAAAAAAUUAUUUACUGUGAAUUAAUUAAUUAAUUUGAGGUAUUUAUUUGAGGUAUUUUUAUUUAUCAAAAAAAAAGAUAAUUUGUGUGGAAAAUAGUGAAAAUACCCCUUAAAUUUUGAAAUCCGAAUUUCAAUCUUGCGAAAAUUAUUUACUGUUAAUUCACUAGCGUGAAGUAUGCAAUAAAAAGAGAAUCUACGUUUAGAAUACGCUUUAGAUUUUGCAACUCGAAAUUACAUCUACUUUAGUUUUAAGUUAAAGUCAGAGAAAAAUCAAAGCACACAUAAUAAAUACAUGUUCAUCAGUA